AUGGAUCUUCUAGGUGUGCAAACGUUAGGGGAAGAGUACGUCAAGUUAUUCGAGAUCCAAUCGAAUCGCCGUGUUCCAUCAUUCGGAGCAAGGUUAUUGUUUGUUUUUCUCCACGCCAUCGCUCCUAUCUUGUCACAGUUGGCAUUGCAGAGAGCAGAACGCCUCUUGGUUCAUCCUUCUACUUCCCACUUCAUGGGUGUUCCGCUGAGGAACAAUGAAAAAGCAAGGAGAAGUUUUCUGAGUUUGAUCGAGUGGAUAAGAUCCAUCGGAAUACCUCAGUUACAUCGCGUUCAUGUAGCUUUUUUCUAUAUUUUUGGCGUGUACUACAACGUAUCUCGUAGAGUUGCAGGAAUUCAGUAUCGAUCGCUUAGCCCACAAACAGACAUCAAGGCGCUGAAAAUCUACAGAUUUCUUGGUUAUUUAACUCUUGCCCAAACCGUACUAAGUCUCAUUUUAUGGGUAGUCCCUGUUAUGAGGGAAAACGGUAACAAACCACGAUAUAUGCAGAAAUGUCAUUCAGGAAAAGCGGAAAAGGAGGAAGUGCUUGAAAUGGAUGACGAUGUUAGCUUUCCUCAUUCAUGGUUCCGAUGCUCCGUUUGCCUAGAGCAACGAUCCCCAUCUACUACUUCCUGUGGCCAUCUUUUCUGUUGGAGGUGCAUACAG